CACAGGCUAAAACUUAGUGAUUGGUAAAUGCCAUCAUUCUGGUUCCUACAAAGAAAAUAUAUUUGCCAGUCUCUUAUAAGCCUCAGAAGAUUGCAUUGAUGGUUAAAGAUGAAGAAUGUUAUUAUUUUUACCCAAAUUAGUGUAGUGAAUUGACAGAAUGUUUUGUGAUAUAUCUUUUGGUUAUUUACAUUCUGAGUUCAAAUUCCUCUGAGGUCAAUUUUGCAUAUGAUCCUUUCAGGAUAGAUAUAGAAAAAAUAUCAGUUAAGAACUUGGGUAACGUAAUUGACUAACCUACUAUAUUUUAAAAUUUUGGUCUUAUGCUUAAAUGAGAAAUCAUUUUUACUCAAACUGCCGAAUAAGUAUUAAUUAUACUGAAUUACUGUUUAAUUAAUUCCUACACCAUCUUAGUUGGGCUAAAUACGUUAAAGAAAUAGCAGUCAAAUUUCUCACACAUUGAACUAGACGUUAAAUAACAGAAGAAAAAGACAGAGUGGUCAUAGGCAUAAUCCAAGGCACAUUAUAGUGCUAAUCAAAAACAUGGGCAGAAAAGCCAUUACACAUUGUAAAUCUCACUGCUGAAAGUGGCCAUCUGACAUAUUGGCAAACGGUCACUUCACAAAAGACACUACAAGCACAAACAUGCUAUAUUCUUCCUCUUCCCUUCUACAUCUAACAUCCAAAGUAUCUGUGUUUGAUUUCCACUCAAUUCAUCUAACUUACUUCCAUUUAUCAUUCAUAAUUUUUACAGUAAAUCUCUUUACUGAACAUUUUAAUGCAAACUUUAUUCUGAAAUUUUUAACUCUUGUGAAUUCAACUGUAUCAAAUUCUUGGAAGAUUUACAAAGGCUAUGAAUCUAUGUCCAUUUGGCCUUUCCUCACCCAUUCUUUCUUCUAAAGAUACUUAGAGAAAGUUCUCAUUAAUUUUGGCAUGUCUGUAUCAUUAAUUUAUGGUAAUAUUUAUAUUUUGACCAAGAUAUUUGUCUUUGGUAUCCUUUGCAUUUACAUAUAACUGUGUUUUAUGUAUAUUAUCUGUGUGUUUCAGGGUGUCUGGUGACAUAAAGAUGAGAAUUUCUCUCUCAAGAUACAUCAAGAAAUUUGAGUUUAAAGACUGAAAAAUGGCAUCAUCAAGAACACAUGUCACUAUAUAAGUAUAAUGUUGAUGAUUAAAUUACUGGGAAAUGUUUCUUUAAAUCAAUAUUAACUUCAGAUAUUUUCUGUAAAAUUGGAAAUGCUUACUGGAUGAAUUUUUGUGUUGAAUAUACUAGAAAAUUUAUCACAACUCAUGUGAAAUGUUUUUCAUAGUUGGAUAUUGAGAAGUGGAGCAAGUUUAGGGAUCUUUUAUGAGAUGCUUUCUCAUUGCUAGAUUGAUUCCUGGGACUUGAUUCUAUCCAAAUGAAGAGUUGUAAUAGAAUUUUUUUCCUGUUACAUAUUUUCAGAUUUUAUUAACACUGUUCAAUGUAACAAUAUUUAUUCAAAAUAAUAAUGGAACUGUCUUUAUUAUAAAUUACAAGGAAAAAGAGGAACAUGUUUUUGCAUUGUGUGACUAACCAAAGAAAUUAUGGAUGAGAAGCUGUGUGAAAGUCAGGUUUGUGAUGAAACACAAUCUUGUGAUGAUGGUAUAUUGCAACAGACUCAGGGAAAGACAGGCAAAAAGUCCUAUCCCUGUAAUGUAUGUGGGAAGGUAUUUACAAGGAAAAAGAAUUCAGUUCGACAUAAACUAAUUCAUACGGAGAAGAAGCAACACCAAUGUGAUAUCUGUGGUAAAGCAUUCUUAGAAGGAGGACAAUUAUCUACCCAUAUUCGUACUCACACAGGUGAGAAACCAUACUCCUGCAAUAUCUGUGGUAAGACAUUCUCUCAGAUUGGUAAUUUAUCAUGCCACAAACGUACUCACACAGGUGAGAAACCAUACUGCUGUGAUAUUUGUGGUAAAACAUUCUCUCAGAGACAUACUUUACUUUACCAUAAAAGUGUUCAUACAGGAGCGAAACCAUUCCACUGUGAGUUUUGUAAUAAAGCAUUUCCUGAAAGUAGUGCCUUAUCUAAACACAAACGUAUUCACACAGGUGAAAAACCAUUCCAAUGUAAAACCUGCAGCAAAGCAUUUUCUGCACGCAAUGCCUUAUCCCAGCAUGAAUAUAUUCAUGCAGUUGAGAAGCCAUUCCACUGUGAUAUCUGUGGAAAAACAUUCUCUCAGAGUAAUUCAUUACGUUAUCAUAAAAGUGUUCAUACAGGUGAAAAGCCAUUUUAUUGUGAGACCUGUGGUAAAUCAUUCUUUGAGAGAAGGCGAUUAUCUAACCAUAUUCGUACUCACACAGGUGAGAAGCCAUACUCUUGUAAUAGCUGUGGUAAAGCUUUCUCUCAGGUAACUUCUUUACAUUACCAUAUAAGUACUCAUACAGGUGAGAAACCAACCCACUGUGAAAUCAAUGGUGAAACUUACUCUCAGAAAACUUUGUUAAACAAAGAUCAACAUAGUGAAACAGGUAGGAAAUCAUAUUCUUGUGAUAUCUGUGGUAAGACAUUCUCUCAAAUGGGCACUUUGUCUUGCCACAAACGUAUUCACACCGGUGAGAAACCCUACGACUGUGAUAUCUGUGGUGAAAAAUUCUCGCAACGUAGCAAUUUAUCUCGCCACAAACGUAUUCAUACAGGUGAGAAGCUACACUCUUGUGAUAUCUGUGGUAAACAGUUUUCUGAAAGGACAUCUUUACUGUACCAUGUAAGUAAUCAUACAGGAGAGAAGCCAUUCCACUGUGAUAUAUGUGAUAAAGCUUUUUCUCAGAAUAGUUUGUUAAACAAGCAUAAACGUCGACAUGCAGGUGAGAAAUCAUAUUCUUGUGAUAUCUGUGGUAAGGCAUUCUUUCAAAGAAGUGCUUUAUGUUGCCACAGACGUAUUCACACAGGAGAGAAACCAUACCACUGUGAUAUCUGUGGUAAAACAUUCUCUCAAACUGGUCAUUUAUCUUGCCAUAAACGUAUUCACACAGGUGAGAAACCAUACCAGUGUGAUAUCUGCAGUAAAACAUUCUCUUUAAGUAGCCAUUUAAAUAGGCAUAAACAUAUUCAUACAGAUGAGAAACCAUAUUGCUGUGAUAUCUGUGGUGAGACAUUCUCACAAAAUGCUGAUUUGUCUAGACAUGCAAAAAUUCACACCACUGAGGAACUGUAGUAAUGAUACUAUGGUAUCUGGUCAAAGGAUUUCUCUGUAAUUAUAUAUCUGAUCACCAUGGUGAAAUGUUGCUUGAAUCAGUAAACAUUUCUUUUGGAACAAUCUGAAAGGGUUCGACUUAAAGCAUCUUGUGUUAUCUACAAAAAGCUACAUUUUUCUUUUUAAAUAAGUUCUGAUGCAGUUUAUACAUAGCUUACUCAUUUAAUCUUAAAUAUGAGUCAUAACCUCAAACGUUGGAUUUUUAUAUUGCUUGUUGAAUAAAUAUGUCUUAUUAUA